AUGACCCAUAACGAUCCCGUGGCUCCCUACGACCUCAAAGCUGUGGUUCUCUUCUUGGCUACAUGCUGGUUUCUGCGCGAGCACCGCUGUUUCUCCGGCAUCAGCCUUAACGUGUCAGUGGUGGAGCGCUUUCGCCCGGGGCAGUUCCAGCAGCACAUCACGUUCGCCAAGCAGGUCGUCACGUUCCACCUGGUCGACGUCGAGGAAAUCGAGCUCCUGUUCACAAUGUGCCCCCUGGUUCUGGCGCUCGACCAAACGAAGCUAUUGGCACACGUCACCAUCGACAGGAUUCUGGACAUGGAGGUAUACAGGUUCCUGCAUUUUACCGAAAAGCAGCUCAAGAACGAACCCGAGUUUCUCGACAGGGCUGCCCAUGUCACCCACGAUGUAUUGAAGAUGCCUUCACUGCUCGACUCAUGCACACAACAAAACGAAGGAGGUGCCCGCUGCUGGAUGGUGACUGAAGCGGAAGAGCUGAACAAGUUCCUGAAGCCAUUCGGCGUGAAAUUCAACGAACUGCGCGAAGGCAGCCUGGACCUCACAAUGACCCAUAACGAUCCCGUGGCUCCCUACGACCUCAAAGCUGUGGUUCUCUGCUUGGCUACAUUGUGGUUUCUGCGCGAGCACCGCUGUUUCUCCGGCGUCAGCCUGAACGUGUUAGUGCUGGAGGGCUUUCUCCCGGGGCAGUUCCUGCAGCACAUCACGUUCGCCAAGCGGGUCUUCACGGUCCACCUGAUGGGCGUCGAGGGAAUCGAGCUCCCGUUCAGAAUGGGCCCCAUUUUGCAGGUACUAGACCAAAUGGAGCUGCGGACGCACACCUCGACAUGGUGA